AGCGUGACAGCCGGUAUUGAUAUGUGUCACUUGAGUAGACCAAAACAAUGUUUCAAUAGCACACAGACAAGAGACAUAUUAACCGGCGCGUCGGAUCACGCAUCUCGAGAAUGUCAAAUGAUAACAGUAUAAAUCGUGAGUUCAGACCCGGCAAGCUGGAGGCAAACGUUCAAAUGGCUGGAGACAAUUUUGAUGUUCUCAGCAUAACCACAGCAUCUUCAGUCUUUUUCUGUGACAGUGAUCCUAUAACGACCGGAAUGUAUUCACUACUUCUCCCAACAACAGAGGAAGAAAUAAAGCAGACUUUGAUGGAGCUCGAUCGAUACCUCAACUAUACAUCUCAAUUACCUGCACCAACAAAUACAGUGUCUUCACUGGACCCUUCCUCUUACUCCAAUUGCUACGAUAAGAGAGAAACAGAGACAGGGGGAAACGAAAGACAUAAUCAUCAGUCAGUCCCUUCGCCAACUAAUGCAAGGAACACUUCUAGACUUGAGGUGCAGCCCCGUAUUACCGAAGCCAGGAGCCUUCAGCCAUACCCUAGAAAUGCCAGCUUCUCCAGCUCUACUCAUACUUCCAUGAAAAAUACUUUGAGCUAUGGAUAUUGUAGAGAACAAAACUAUGGAGAUUCCCAUCCAAACCAUUUUCCGAAUCGUCCUUCUUUGCCACAUUAUGAGCAGAAUGGCUUGAGCACUGCCAGUCAUAUGGGAAAGAUUCAAAGGGGGUCGAGACGAGAAGGCUUUGAUAGAAAAACCUCGACUUUGGAGUAUCGGCCUGAGUGCACAAUUCCUCAAGAACAUAUGAUGAGCUCUUUUAUAAGCCCUGUUUCGAGUGCUGGAAACUAUGGUUCACAAUCAGCUGCUUACAGUCAGCCUAGCAGUGAUAGAAAGCAACCCGCAGCUUCUGCAUUGUAUUCUCCUCUUAACAAUCUACCAGUAUCACAAAAUUCUGGCUUUACAUUAACAAAGUUGGAAAACGUUCAAUUGUCCUGCAAGGCAUCGACUUUGACUGAUGUCAGUGUGUCCAAGCCAUCGUCCAAAGAGCACACUCCAGAACCCCUAAAGGUUAUCAAUAAUAAUUUUCAUGACUGCUGUACUCCAAGCGAAUUACUUCCAUCUAGAUCUCCUGAGAAUUGUUCAGGAGCCAGUCAUGCUAAGACCGUCGUUGAUAGAAGAGGAUCUAAUAUGAGUGUAUCCAGCUAUAAUAGCCAGUCUAGUCAGGACCAUAGUGGUUUUGACUCAAAUAACAGUGGAUCUGACCCGGAAACGCCACCCUAUUCUACUAAGAGUUCUGACUCACCUGAAAUGCAAGGGGACGAAAUGUCACUAGAAAAUUUUAUUUUUCGUUGUGACUUUCCAGGCUGUGGAAAGCAGUACAACAAAAGCUCUCAUCUGGGGGCGCAUCGAAGGAUUCACACUGGAGAAAAACCUUUUUACUGUCCAUGGAAUGGAUGUGGGUGGCGAUUUCGUCGUUCUGAUGAACUCAAAAGACAUUAUCGAAGGCAUACGGGUGAAAAGCCUUACGCUUGUCCUUUAUGUGGAAGGGCAUUCAGUAGAUCUGAUCAUAGAGCUUCCCACAUAAGGAAACUGCAUCCUUACGAAAUUCCAACUUUAGCUUAAGAAGACUGUAAAAAUGACUUUGAAAUACAGCUAUUUCUAAAGAUGAUGGUGAAGGCUAUGUUGCAUGCAUCUACUGACUCUAAAAUUUACCAACCUUAAGUUCUUUGAAAUAGCUGUACAUCUACUUUUACAAAUAUAUAUAUCUUAAAGAGAUAAAGUACAAAGUACCUCUUUUUUUUGAACUUAGUAUUUAUAAGUCUAUGCCACAAGGCUAUGCUUCUUGAAGUCAUUUACUGACAGUAUGUAAAGAUUAUGCCUUUUUUCAAUGUUCAAAACCACCCAGAAUUUUCUUGUGGACUUACCAAGCCCUUAUGUAUCGGACAAAUGUUUGUACUUGUUUCUAACUGCAUUCAUUAUGACAUAUUGCAAAACUAGAAGUUGCUAUGCAAAAAGACGUUUAAAAAAUAACUUGAAAAUUUGUCUACUCAAUGUAUAAUAAUGAUAAAAAGGUAAAUUAUACACCGUGAAGAGAUGAAAAAACUCACACUAGUUUUUAGCUAGUUAUCUCUUCUUAGUCAAUGUAUAUAUUAGCUUUAUCAUAAAUGAACUCUAAUUAUAAGAAAAACAUAUCACUGAAUUGUUAUGUAAUCUAGUAUAAAAUUAAGUACUGCUUGUAUCUCAAAGAAAAAUCAUCUUUAAGUAUAAUUUAGAAUAAAAUUAUUUGUUUUAUAACUCUUUUUUUGAAAUUGAGCCCCACGAAAAACGAUGAGCUCAAAGAAUUGUGUCCAUAACCAGUUGUAAUGUCUUGUAUCGUUAAUCCUCAUCCGGCAUUUUAUAGCGUUUAUUAUAACUUUGCAAAUGCAAUAAAAGAUAAGCAAAUAUUGACAA